AGGGCCGGCUGGGGCUUGGUUGCCUCUGCUCCCAUCCCACUGACACACACUCCACAAGACCAGCCACAGAGUGGAAGCUCCGGAGACCAGGGUGUUCUCUGAGUACCUCGGGAAGAGCUUUGAUUGGGGGACCUCAGGACUCUCUGUGUGUGUUAGUUCGCGGGGGGAGAAAGAUCGAGAUUCUUUUUCAAAGGUAUUCGGAGGUGAAGCCAUGGCCCGUGUGACGACGUUUAUCAUUUUCCUCGCAUGUUUUGUCCUGUCUGAGGGGCAGGUGCAGCCCGGUCAGUGCGCCUUCUACGAGGAAUGUGGCAAGAACCCCUCAAUCGAGAACCCCCUCAUCCCACCCAUCGUUCCCUGCCUCAGCUACACCCCUGCGCGAGCCCUCAAGGGUGCCCACUACCUGAAGCUCAAAUCGGUGUGCCCGAUGUUGGACCGUGGAGAGAACGCAACCCUUGCCUGUUGCUCCAUUAAGCAGCUCCGGUCCCUGGAGCUGAGCCUGACCCUGUCCAAGGCGGUGCUCAUUCGCUGCCCCUCCUGUGCGGAAAACUUUGCCCAUCUGCACUGCAUCAACACAUGCAGCCCCAACCAGACCCAGACAGUGAACGUCACAGAAACCAGAAACGUCACCUAUAUGGGGACGAACGUGAAAGUGGUGCUUGGCUACCAGGCCUACCUCUCCACCGCCUUCGCAGAGGGAUCCUUCAAGUCUUGCCAGAAUGUCCGGAUCCCUGCCACUGGAGGAUUUGCCAUCAGUACCAUGUGUGGUCGCUAUGGCGCCAAGCUGUGUACCGCCCAGCGGUGGUACGACUUCCAGGGUGACUCCAGCAACGGUCUGGCCCCUCUAGACAUCGAUUUCAAACUGAUACCGCCGGGAGUCACAGCGGGGGUGCCCGCAGGCAUGGUGCCGUACAACGGGCGGACCCUGAGGUGUAACGAGACCACACCGACGGGGGGAGAGGUCUGCUCCUGCCAGGACUGCCAGGAGUCGUGCCCGCUGAUGCCCCCACCGGUCAUGCCCGCCGGACCCUUCCGCCUGAUGGGCACAGACGGCUUCCUGGUGAUCUCCAUCCUGCUGCUGUGCCUCCUGCUCGUCGCCUUCCUGCUCUACCUGCUGGUGUCCUGCUGGGUGAAAGCUAAAGAGAAGCAGGACAAGGAGCGCUGGACAGGGAAGACGAGUGCCAAGGACCAGAAUGGGAACACGGUGACCCAGCCCCUCAUCGAUCCUUCCGAGGUUUCGUGUACGGACAAAAACAGCCUGGCUGCUCAGGAGUUCCUGGGCUCUCUGUUUCAGUCCUGGGGAACCCUAAUGGCCUCGCAUCCACUCAAGGUGCUCCUUGCUGCAGCCAUAGUGGUGGCCGUCUUUGCCACAGGCCUUAUGUACAUCGAACUCACCACUGAUCCCGUCCAGCUGUGGUCUGCUCCAAACAGCAGGGCCCGCAAAGAAAAGGACUUCCAUGACAAGUACUUUGACCCAUUCUUCCGGACCAACCAGCUGAUUCUGACUGCCCCCGGCAGAAAGGGACACAUAUAUGACUCUCUGUUGUUUGGGAGGCAAAACUUCAGUGGCAUCCUCGAGAAAGAUCUCCUAACUCAGCUGUUGGCGCUGCAGACAAGAAUACAAAAUAUUGAGUUCUGGUCAUCAGACCUUAACCGAACUGCAACACUGAAGGAUGUGUGUUUUGCACCGUUGAACCCAAGCAACCCCGGGAUGACCGACUGUGCGGUCAACAGUCUGUUGCAGUACUUCCAGAACAAUGUAACCAAUCUCGACGCAAAGGUUAACAUGACAGAAUUAGGAGUAACCAAAGAAGUGGACUGGAGGGACCACUUUAUCUACUGUGUCAACUCCCCCCUGUCUUUUAAAGACAUCACUGACCUGGGUAUGAGCUGUAUGGCCGACUAUGGGGCACCAGUCUUCCCGUUCCUCGCGGUCGGAGGCUACGAGAACGAAGACUUCACGAACGCAGAAGCUCUCAUUCUGACCUUCUCCCUCAACAACUACAAUCGGGACGACCCCCGGUUCAAAGUGGCCCUGGAGUGGGAGCAAAUCUUCCUCAACAUCGUCCAAGAAUACCAACGGGACCCCAGCAACAACUUCACAUUUGCCUACAUGGCGGAGAGGUCGCUGGAGGAUGAGAUCAACAGAACAACCUCGGAGGACAUCCCCAUCUUCAUGAUCAGCUACCUCGUCAUCUUCAUAUACAUCGCUGUGGCGCUGGGGGAGUACACGUCCUUCAAACGCAUACUGGUGGACUCCAAGUUCCUGGUGGGUCUGGGGGGUAUCUUGGUGGUGGGCUGUUCCGUGCUGGCCUCCAUGGGCUUCUAUGCCUGGAUAGGCAUCCCAUCCUCCCUGAUCAUCCUGCAAGUGGUGCCCUUCCUGGUUCUGGCUGUGGGCGCCGACAACAUCUUCAUCUUUGUGCUGGAACACCAGAGAGAUGUGCGGAGGCUUGGCGAGACCCGAGAAAUGCAGAUCGGGCGAGUUCUGGGAAAUGUUGCUCCCAGCAUGCUCCUGUGUAGUGUAUCAGAGUCCAUCUGCUUCUUCCUAGGGGCUCUGUCCACCAUGCCGGCGGUCAAGUCCUUCGCUCUGUACGCCGCCCUGGCCGUGCUGAUGGACUUCCUGCUCCAGAUGACCGCCUUCGUGGCGCUGCUGUCCCUGGAUGCCCGGCGCCAGGACAGCAACCGCUGCGAGCUGGUGUGCUGCGUCCGCGUGGGAACGCGCCGGCCCAUGAAGCCCAACGAGGGGCUGCUGAUGCCCCUGAUGAGGAAGUACUACGCCCCCGUCCUCCUGCACCCCGUCAGCAGGGUUGUGGUGAUGGUGGUGUUUGUGAUCAUGUUCUGCUGCUCUAUAUUCCUGAUGUUCCACGUGACGGUGGGACUGGAUCAGGAGCUGGCCAUGCCUCAGGGUUCCUACAUGCUGGAGUAUUUCAAGUACUUGUACAAGUACUUUGAGGUGGGCAUCCCGACCUACUUUGUGACCACCAAGGGAUUCAACUUCACCAGCGCUGCUGGCAUGGACGCAGUUUGUUCCAGCGUGGGCUGUGAUCAGUUCUCUCUCACACAGAAGAUACAGUACGCAACUGAAUAUCCUGAACUGUCCUACUUGGCUGUGCCUGCUAAUUCCUGGGUGGAUGACUUUAUUGACUGGCUGAAUCCCGGUUCUAAAUGUUGUCGGCUGUACACCCUGGGCUCAGAAACGGGGAACUUCUGCCCCGCAAGUGAAUCCGCAUGGGUUUGUGGGAAGAGGUGUAUAAAGGCCCCAGCGAACGGAGUGGUGAGGCCCACCGUGGAGCAGUUCAACCGCUUCCUCCCUGACUUCCUGGGCAACAGGCCGGACCUGCAGUGUCCCAAGGGUGGUCUUGGGGCGUAUGACAAGGCUGUGAUAAGAGACGAGAGCGGAGAGAUUAUAGCAACGCGGUUCAUGGCGUACCACACGAGCCUGACCAACUCGCAGGAGUUCACCAAGGCGCUGGAGAAGACGCGGGAGCUGGCCCACAACAUCACCAUGGGCAUGAGGGAGGUUCCGGGAACGGCGCCGGACUUCGAGGUCUUCCCCUACACGGUGACGUACGCCUUCUACGAGCAGUACCUGACCAUCGUGCCCGAGGGCCUGUUCAACAUCUCGCUGUGCCUGCUGCCCACCUUCGUGGUGUGCUGCCUGUUGCUCGGCAUGGACCUGCGGUCGGGCCUGCUCAACCUCUUCACCAUCAUCAUGAUCACCGUGGACACCGUGGGCAUCAUGACCCUGUGGGGCAUCGACUACAACGCCGUGGCGCUCAUCAACCUGGUCACGGCGGUGGGCAUCUCCGUGGAGUUCGUGUCCCACCUGACCCGAUCCUUCGCCCUCAGCAUCCAGCUGACCCACAUCGAGAGGGCCAAGGAGGCCACCGCCACCAUGGGCAGCGCGGUGUUGGCCGGUGUGGCCAUGACCAACCUGCCGGGUAUCAUCGUGCUGGCGUUCGCCAAGGCCCAGCUCAUCCAGAUCUUCUUCUUCCGGCUGAACCUGAUCAUAACGCUGCUGGGGAUGGCUCACGGCCUCAUCUUCCUGCCUGUGCUGCUCAGCUACUUCGGUCCCGGCGUGAACAAGGCCGUGCUGUUAAAAAUCCAGCAGUCCGAGGAAAAGGCUCGGCAGGAGCGGGAGACGAACAAAAACGCCCACAGCCACCCCAACGGCCACCACAACCAGGGCUACGAGCACGGAGAGAAACCCGACCUCCCCUUCACCAACCCGUCUACAGCCGAAGGAACCCAGGCAGGGGAGAGUCUCAGCUACUUUUAAGCACACGGGACAAAAAAAACGAACAUUGAACUGUUUUAAAAGCUCUUUUGCAUCUCCGGUGGAUACCUCUGCAGUGAAUAGACCCGAACGAAGAGUGAGAGGAGUGCGAAGGGUUGACAUGGGAAUCACUCGGCCUGUGCUGGCCAUACUUUAUCUGGGAUGGGUUGGCGGGACUUCAAGUCCCCACCACCCAACAACUGUGCAAUAUACUGUAAGGUGACAAGAAGGGACUCCUGAUUUGGACAUCAAGACAUACUUUUAACAUGGUAAUUGGAGAGCAUUCGUCAAAACAUUAUGAAAAUGACAAAGCAGAUGACAGUACCUCAUUUAGCAAUAGACAAAUAAUUGAAUGUCUUUUUAUACUUAAAAAAAUGCUAUGUGUUAACGUGUUUAUUUAAAGUAAUUAUUUUGUAUUUAGGAUUAUAUUUCACAGGGAUAGUGUUUAUUGAAAAGCGAAUGGAAACACUCCAGCAAUUAACCUCUAUUUUGUAAAGCAAAUGUUUCUAUAGUGUGUAAUAAAUGCAUCGAUGCAAAAAAAGCUAUACAUCUGUG